AUGUAUCAUCAAGGAAGCCAUAAUGGGAACUUCGCAUUAUUUUUAUUUCGAGCGCUUUUAAAAAUCACAUGUCAGGAAUCAGUUAUAUAUUUCUCUCUUUCUCUCUAUGUAUCCCUCUUUCUCUCUUUCUCUCUAUCUAUCCCUCUUUCUAUCUAUCUCACAAUCACUAUUUCUUUCUUUCUCUCCCUUCUUCAUUCUUUCUUUCUUUCUUUGUCAUUCUUUCUUCCUUUCGAUUUCUUUCUUUCUUUCCCUCUCUCCCCUCUCUGCUCUCUCUUUCUUUCUCUCUCUCAAUCUUUCUUUCUUUCUCUCUCUAACUCUUUCUUUCCUUCCCUCUUUCUCCCUCUCACACUCUUUCUUUCUUUCUUUCUUUCUUUCUUUCUUUCUUUCUUCCCCUCUCUGCUCUUUCUUUCUUUCUCUCUCUCUCUCAAUCUUUCUUUCUUUCUCUCUCUAACUCUUUCUUUCCUUCCCUCUUUCUCCCUCUCUCACUCUUUCUUUCUUCCUUUCUUUCUUUGUUUCCCUCUCACACUCUUUCUUUCUUUGUUUCCUCCGCUCUCAUACUUUCUUUCUUUCUCCCUCUUUCUUUCUUUCUUUCUUUCUUUCUUUCUUUCUUUCUGUCUGUCUGCUUGUCUCUAUCUCUUUCUUUCCUUCCCUCUUUCUCCCUCUCUCAAUCUUUCUUUCUUUCUUUGUUUCCCUCUCUCACUCUUUCUUUCUUUAUUUAUUUGUUUCCUCCGCUCUCACACUUUCUUUCUUUCUCUCUCGCUCUUUCUUUCCCUUUCUCUCCCUUUCUCAUUCUUUCUUUCUUUCUGUCUGCCUCUCUCUCUCUCUCUCUCUCUCUCUCUCUCUGUGUCUUUAUUUCCCUCUUUAUCACCCUUUCUUUCUUCCUCUUUUCUUUCUUUCUCUCUCUCUCUCUCUCUCUCAUUUGAUCACGCAGUUUCUCUCAUUCCCUGA